CGCACGUGGGACUUGAGGGAUUUUUUGAGGGUGUUCCUCCACUGCUCCACCUGUAGUAAACAGAAGGAAAUGUCCAGCCAAAUCGAAAAGGGGAAGGAAUGAUGGUCCCGCUCAGUCUACCUUCUCAACUUUUGCUGAGAUUCGGAUGGAUGAGGCGCACACAGUUGACACCUGACAAGAUGGGAGACGCAGUGGUGAUGGCGGCGGGGGUCUUUUCUUGAUUGACUUGACACGCGUGAUGCGCGGCCAUGGCGUGCCGUGACCGCGGGCUCCAGACGCUCCUGGCCGCCGCGGGCGCCUUCGCCGCCUUCAGCCUCAUGAGCAUCGCUAUCGGCACCGACUACUGGCUCUACUCGCGGGCGUACAUCUGCAACGCCACCAACGCGAGCGCGGAGGACAGCCACGCGCAAAGCAAGAAAGUCAAAGGCGACCUGACACACUCGGGGCUGUGGCGAAUCUGCUGCAUAGAAGGUAUCAACAAAGGAAGCUGUUUUCGGAUCAAUCACUUCCCGGAGGAUAAUGACUAUGACACAGACAGCUCUGAGUACAUCCUACGUAUUGUGCGAGCCUCCAGCCUUUUUCCCAUCCUCAGCACCAUCCUGCUAAUGCUGGGCGGCCUGUGUGUUGGCGUUGGACGAAUCUACAGCAGGAGGAACAACAUCCUGCUCAGUGCUGGUAUUCUCUUUGUGGCUGCAGGCCUGAGCAACAUCAUCGGCAUCAUCGUUUACAUCUCCAGUAAUGCCGGCGAUCCCAGCGACAAGAAAGAUGAGGACAAGAAGAACCAGUACAACUACGGCUGGUCCUUCUACUUUGGCGCCAUCUCAUUCUUCGUGGCAGAAUCCGUGGGGGUCCUCGCCAUCAACAUAUACAUUGAGAAAAACAAAGAGACGCGCUGCCGAGCCAGGCGCGACUUGAUCAAAUCUAUCGCCUCAACUUCGCCGUACUCGCGCAUCCCAAGCUACCACCGCAGACGGAGGCGCUCGCGUUCCAGCUCCAGGUCGUCGGAGCCCUCCCCAGGAGGGGGGAACAGGGAGGGAGGAUUGGGUGGGGAGAUGAGCUUGCAGGUGGGAGACAUAUCCUUGUACACCUUCCGCAGGGACCCUCUGAAGGGGGGGGCUCCCUACAGUCCUGAGAGCGACUCUGGCUUCUUACAGGUCCACAACAGCUUCCAGAAAGAUGUGAAAGAUGCCGGCAACAGGAGGACCACACCCGUAUGAGUACUCUCGUUGGACUUUACAAUACGCUCUAUUGGGACAUAUUACAUUAUAUUAUACAUGUAUACAUGUGUAUAUAUAUUUAUUAGGGGUUGAAUGAUGAGUGAUUUUCUUGUAGUCAACGCUAAAGUUGCUUCAAAGUCGAUUCAUCGAUGAUGUCGUUGCGCGUUCUUCAGCACAGUACAGCCGUCCCCAACCUUUUUUUGCGCCACUGACCGGUUUCACGUCAAGACAUAUUUUGACGAGCCGGCAUAGAAACAAAUGAUUAAAAAUACAUCUCACCAUUACUCUGAACCUAGUUGUUGUAAUUACUGGCGGCUAGUAUGUUGCUCUUCAUCUUGUGUUUCGUAGCAUAGCGUGUUGUAUGACAAGGAUGGCAGCCACUGGCUGCCAGCCAGGCUCCAUAAAAUGGAGCUUUUCUCUGUUUCACUGUUUCUAUCUCACUUGUGCUUUUAUUACAUUUAAGGAUAAACUUGCAUAUUUUGCAAGUGAUUGUGCUACCUAUCUCAUUUUUGGUCAAAUAUUUCCACAGGCUUGUAGCAUACGCUGGCAAUUUGACACUGAUAUCCGUGUCAUAUGUCAUGUCGAUGUUUCGCUUUCAGUGUCGUAAAGCGACGCAAGUGUCAUGAUGUUGGUGGGUGUUGUAUCAUCCAUCCAUCCAUCCAUUUUCUGAGCCGCUUCUCCUCACUAGGGUCGCGGGCGUGCUGGAGCCUAUCCCAGCUGUCAUCGGGCAGGAGGCGGGGUACACCCUGAACUGGUUGCUGUAUCAUACAACUUGCUGAAUAAAAUUCUCAUGAGCACGCAGUUUUUGUCCGCCCCUUAUUAGACAUAAAAUUUUGGCGAGGAAGAUGGAGCUUCACUUUACCUUGUUGAGCUCGUUCCGUGCUGCCAGUGUGAAUAUUUUAGGACUCGCGGCAAUCGGAAUAGCCAAAGCUAGCGAGGCUAACUGCUAUUCUCAUUUACAACCAUCUUUUUGUCAUUCUCUCAGACCCGUGCGGACGUAUGAAUACAUUUCGCUGCUCCACAGAGCGUGAUAGUCCGGCGAGGGCCACAGACGGGCGAGUCAAAGGUUCUUUGGAAAUGUUCUGAUUGGAAGAUGAGAUGCCAAAAAUGUGAUUAGCGAUUAGUCGACUUCAAGCUUGAUCACGUCAAUGCGCAGUAGUAAAGUCGACUAGUCAACUUAUCGGUUCAACCCCUAAUAUAUAUUGUACAGUAUAUGCAGAAGUAUCCUCUCGUCAAAAUGGGCAUACACAAUCCAUCCAUCCAUUUUCUAUAGCGCUUAUCCUCAUGAAGCCCUCAGGUAAGAUGACUUUGGACAAAUCGCAGGGCACGUAUAGACAGACAAUCAUUCACAUUCACCACUAUGGACAAUUUAGCGUCUUCAGUUAAACUAACAUUUUGUCGGAAUGUAGCAGAAAGCCUGAGUACCUGAACCUCAGAACUGUGGGUCAGAUGUGCUAAUCACUCAGUGAUUUAGAAAUGUUUUUAAAUUUAGACUUUAGACUGAUGACGACAAAUGAUUGAAGUGUUUACAUUACAUUUUCAUUUGCAUUGCUGCUGUUCCACUUAUGCCCUGUAGUUGACAGUAAAAGGCAUGUAUCAAACUGUUUUUACCCACCAAAGUAAUCAAAGAAGAAAGAACAAUGUAUGUAUCAGUUGACUGUGGAGUAAUGCUAAAACAAAGCAACAUGCUUCUUUCAUUUGUGCCUUACAUUGAGACGGAAACCCAAACUAUCCACUUAGCGAUUUUUGCUAAAUCUAAUUGUCACUCUGCUUCAAUUGUGCAAAAUCAUUAUCACGUUUCCAAGUUCAUCUUAUCAAUGCGUGACAGCCAACUGGAAAUCUAGGUUGAUUGUCACAGUGUAUGCUCAGCUUUUGGCAAAAAGGAUGUUGACAGGUUAGAGCUAGAUCAGGGGUGGGCAAACUUUUUGGUUUAGGGGCCACAUUGACGUUUAUCAUUGGACAGGCAGGCCAAGCCAGGACCAGAUGCUUACAUAUAACAAAUAAACACACACACACAAAAAAGGCAUUGUAGUUUUAAUAGAUUUACUUUGAAUGGGAACAGUGUUGUUUUGUUGAGCACCUUUUUUUGCCAGUGCAUCAAAGUCUGCUCUUAGUUUUGUUGUGGCAAUUCUCAGAACACAUCUGAGGUGUUCAUCACUUAGCUGGGAUCGGUAGGAUGUUUUGUUGGUGUUCAUCACACUAAAAGUCUGUUCACACACAUAUGUAGCACCAAACACCACCAGCAUCCUCUACGCCAUCUUCUGGAUUUUUGGAAAUUUGUCUGCGCUUAAUGAAGCAUAAAACUCAUGCAGUUUGAGAGUUGAACUUCUCUUUUAAGACCAUAUCACAUUGGAGAUCAAUCAGUUCCAUCUGCAGCUCCCGUGGCGCUGUUUCAGGGUCUUGUGUGACUGAACCUUGGAUGGCAGUUUGUCAGAUGAAGGUGUUUUGCUGAGCCUGCAAGCUUGAGUUUAACCGCUGAGCCGUACCCAUCAGUUCCUGCGCUGAUUAACUGUUAGCAUAAUCAGCAUGCUUGGUAGAAAAGUGACGGCUGAUGUUAUAUUCCUCUAAAACCGCAAUGGUUUCUUAACAAAUUAGACAUACAGCCUUUGACCGGACUUCAGUGAAAAAGUAUUUAGUAGUCCAUUCUAUCUUAAACGCACAGCACUCAUAACACACAGCAUAAUGUGUGUUGUCUGCUCAGGGAAGGUUUUGAGGACAAAUUAAACAAACCCCAAUUCCAAUGAAGUUGGGACGUUGUGUUAAACCAAAAUAAAAACAGAGUACAAUUAUUGGAAAAUCCUUUUCGACCGAUAUUUAAUAGAAUACACUGCAAGGACAAAAUAUUGAAUGUUCCAACUCAUGAAUUGUUUGUUUGUUUGUUUUGUUUUGUUUUGGUAAUAUUCUCUCAUUUUAAAUGUGAUGCCUGUAACACAUUCCAAUAUAGCUGGGAGACAGCCAACAAAAGACUGGGAACGUUGAGGAAUGCUCAAAAAAACACUUCUUUGGAACAGGUUUAUUGGAAACAGGUGUGUGUCAUAAUUGGGUAUAAAAGGAGCAUGUCCGAAAGGUUCAGUUGUUCACAAGCAACUGCGUGAGCAAAUAGUCCAACAGUUUAAGAACAAAGCUUCUCAACAUACAAUUGCAAGGAAUUAUGGAUUUCAUCCUCUACAGUCCAUGAUAUCACCAAAGGAUUCAGAGAAUCUGCAGCAAGGCCAGAAACCAACAUUGAAUGCCCGUGACCUUCGAUCCCUCAGGCGGCAUUGCAUUAAAAAAUGCCAUCAUUGUGUAAAGGAUAUUGCCACGUGGGCUCAGGAACACUUCAGAAAAACAUUGUCAGUUAACACAGUCUGUCACUACAUCUAGAAAGGCAAGUUAAAACUCUACCAUGCAAAGCGAAUUUACAUUUGACACAACGUCCCAACUUCAUUGGAAUUGGGCAUGCAUCUCCUACUUCUUUUGUUUAAAUUCAAAUUUGGAGACCAACUUUAACAAUGAAGCACCACACCUCAGAUAAAUGCCUGCCUUUUUCCCUCUCAGGAAAAACAUAUUGGUAGUUUUAAUUACCCUCGCUAUGACUGAGAUCACAAUGUGCCGCUGUAGAUGUCUUUACCACAAUGCAGAGAAGACACGGCUUCUGUCAAGCUAAAGAAUACGAUGCUGUAGAAUGUGCCGGUGUCUUUUUCUUUGACACAGAUGAAGGCGCACACACAAGCACUUUCUUGUGUUGUUAGUGCUGUUUUUAGCGCUAACAUUCUUCGUCCCCAAACGGCAGAAGUGGCUUCUCCUUCUUGAUUUGUUUUGACAGUCCGCAACAGUUUGAAAGCGCGCGACCGACACAUACAGGACUUAAGUGAAAUUCAGCUGCCAAAGUACUGUGUAUAUAUAUAUAUGAGCAAAAAUACAGUCAAACUUAAUGGGUAAAAUAGUUUCAGGAUAUUAAAUGUGAUGAAUUAAUUGUGAAGUCUCAGAUUGUUCAAAUUGAGAUCCACCACUGAAAUAUAUUACACAUAUAUGAUCACUUCUUACUGUGGAAAUAAUAGAUAUUGUAAUUAUAAUUUAAAAUGUAUUUAGACAAAGAAAGGCCUUGCGCCUGUUUGAGCGCGUGGCACUCUCUGCAGUUGAGUCCAUGAAUGACUGCAGCCACAAUAUCAGGAAAUACAGUGUGUCGUUUGGCGUUUCUUACUAAAACUGGACUGUUAUAAUGAGGUGUAUCACAUUUACAUGACUUUGUUAUGAACUAGCUGCCUUUGCACUCAGAUCGUUGGUGUAUUACAAAAAAAAAAACCUGCUUUUUUGCUGCCAGUUUUAAUUGGAUGUUUCAAUGUAAUGAUGUCAUUGGUGCAUGUUGGUUCUUGUGAUGUCAUUGGAUUAUAUUUAACAUAAGAUGUUUGUAAUUAUAGUUACAUUUUGGUUUAAUACCAAUGAGGGGAUUAAUUUGAGCUUGGAGAGGUUACAGUAUAUUUGGCUAAUGAUGCAGGCGUACUGUGCUGUGAUGCUCGAUGGCAGACAGUCGGGCAGAACGAGGCGUUAAAGUGAAAAUGCACGAGCAACCUUCGCGCUCGACAGCUGACAGGCUACUGAACGCUCGCUCGCCAGUGUCUCGCAACAUGAGCUCAAGCAAAGCGGGUGUUGUUUGUGUGCACAGCCAUCGAGAAGAUCACACGCUUCAUUCUUGUUACAGUGCACACUUGACUUGGCUUUAUGGGUUGUUCCCCACUUCAUUAUUUUACCCAGUUUGCGAUGCACGCAUGUAGCUUCCCGAUGCCAAACGAGUCUUAUGACCCUGUUUUCGCUCUGACGUUCUUAACUAAGGCGUCAUCGGCCAAUACUGUUUAGUUGACACCCAUUGAUCUGCUCUGACAUUUUUAUCCACAAUAAAGCUUGUGCCCUAAUCCUUAUUGUAGUGUCCAGUGAAAUUCCUCCUGCAGUAAUUGACAAGAGAUUGGCAGGAGUGUCACCUCUACAUGCACUCGCAUAGCCGCCAUGCUUGUUAGUAUUAGGUGAAGGCGCAAGAAUGACACAUGGGCUGUAGCCUGAUGGGCUGGCGUGACAAAUAGAAGAUGACACCACAGUUCAUACCUCAUCUACUGUUUGUGACACUGAAACGCCAUCAGCCACUGACACAUACAAAACAAAUCAUUUACAGCCGGUUAGUAUUUCUUAAUUUUUGAGUAACGUCCUUGUUUUUGUGAAAUUUCCUGCAUUUGCUUCACAUGCAAUUAGGCUUUUUGUUGUUGUCAGAAAAGCAUCAUUCACUUUACUACUAGACUUUAGCCAAACUACAACGAUCUUGCAAUUCAAAUUCUUUGAAGACUGAAAGAAAUGUUCAAGUCAGAUGGAGCUCCAGAACCCCCCGCCCCGGAGAGAUUACCUCUCCGCAGGCACCCCCUCUCCUUGUAAGUUCUUGUAAGUGUAACAUGGCCGCCAUUUCUCCCAGUGGGGGUUUUUAUUCCCUGCUGCCUGUGGAUAUUGGUGCCAUACAGUGCAUCCGGGAACCACAGGCAUUCAUUGGGGAUGACAUCUGUCACUGUGAGGAAGCUCAGUUUAGCCAGGGGCAAUCGCAAUUAUACUUGCUUUUUAUUUGACUCAUGAAACACAUUGGAUAUUGACGCUAGACCUAAUUGUGUGACGAUGUAAUGAGAGCCAAACAUCACUUACUUGUCCCAAAAGUCACAUCUGGAACUACUUGUCAUUUCACUGCAUAAAAAGUACUUUGAUAUCUUAAAGUCACAAACAAACAGAAAAUAUUGUUCAAUAGUCAAAUGAAAGGGACCGCAAAAGCAAACCAAAUUCAAUAUGGGAUAGAAAAUAAGGUGGAGUGGAAAGACACUGGUAAAGGUCUGGCACGAGCUGCGAUGGGACAGCUAAUAAUUCCGACAUGAACUGGACAGCUGAGUCGUAAAGUUGUGACACACGGGAAAAAAAACACAAAGACCCAAAGAAAGGCUGGGAGACAAGCAAAUCUUGCAUAUACGACGAAAAUGAGGUGGGAAACAACCAAGUGAGACACAUUUGAGAGGGAAGAGAGGUACCAACACACAAAACCUACAAAAUAACAGGUGAUGCUUUUGUGAAGGCUUUUAUAUUUUGAACACACAAAGAUUAACAAAAUGAUCUGGAUUCAUACAAAUAUGAAAAAAGAUCAACAUAAAAUGCUCUAGGUUUGAGUUACAUGGCAGCCAAGCCUGCACA